AUGUACAAACUUGUGCAUGAAGAAGUCGUCUCAUGCGAGAACCUUUUCAGUUCAUAUUCCGGCUCUGAGUACGAUCGAUACGCCGAUCGCUAUGAUGAUACUGCCAUGUCCAAGGUGCGCCAACAGUAUUGGACGGCCAAACAGGUGCUCAUGUCGAAACUUGGUAAAAGGGUCGACGACCACCUAGUCGCCUCUGAUGCGGAACUGGACGCCAAACUACAGAUUUUCUUAUCCGCAAAAAGAACUUGCGAAAGACUGAUAAAGUGUAUUGAGCGCUACCAAGACCUUAUAUGUGAUCUUGCCAAAGAUGAAAACUCGCUUGGUCGAUUUUUGAAACACCAAGGCAAAACGGACAAAACCAACGCCGGAAAAAUUAUGGCUGCCGUAGGCAGGGCGCAAAGCUACACGGCGCAACAACGGUUAGCACUUCGUGUGCCGUUGUCUAGACUUUACUCUGAAGUGGAGGUGUUCCUUGACAGGGCGGUCGCGGACUGUGCGAUUACCGUCGACGCCACGGAGAAAGCGCGUCAGGAGUACCGCGGAUCGUUGCUAUGGAUGGAUGACGUGUCAAAGGAACUGGACCCCGACGUUUACCAACGUUUGGAGAAGUACCGCGCUGUACAGGCACAAGUGCGGAAAAACAAGGCGAAAUUCGACCAGCUGAAGCUUGCCUGCCUGCAAAAAAUCGAUCUUCUCAUCGCUAGUCGCUGCAACUUAUUUUCUCAAAUAUUAACUUGCUAUCAAAAUGGUUUCUUGCGGUUUUGGGAAAAAACGUCCGACGCUCACAAUUCGAUGGCCGACAUAUUCAGCACAGUGCAGAACUACGAAUUCGUGAUUCUGAAGGAUCUAUCUGAAUUAUCGACGAAGUCUUUGGCUAACCUCUCUGAAACGCGUUCUGCUGAAGUUAACGGAGCCGGAAACAAGGAGUUGCUGUGUGCAGAAAGUUUGGAGAACUUAUUUCGAGACAGUCCUGACGGUGAAACUACAGCCUGUCUGAAUCCCCCAGCGGCCAUCGUGGCUCUUGACCCAACCCAGGAUCGAGCCGGUGUGACUUAUGAUGACGGCAUUAGAAUGAGGGCAAGUGGCGAGGCUUUGCAUGAGACUUCGACACGAUCUCCAACACCUUCCCUUCUUAUCCGGGCUUGA